GCUAGUUGCCGUUAGCUUACUGAAAUACGAUGGUGUCCCUACGGCAGGUGUUGGUAUGUAGACUGUGUUAAAACGGUUACGGGGACCAGGAGGAGGCCGGCUAACAUAAUGCUUUCUGCUCUGGUCUGUGGCGCUCUGGUGUUCCCUGGACUUUUCUGCAGCUCCAGAAAAGUCCUUAAAUCCACUUUCACACAGUGGAGCGACGCUGACGUGGUUUGUGUCAGUGAGAGGCUGGUUUCUGCCAUACAUGCUUCUCUGGCUACUGCAGCUGGAGUCACAGUCAUGACAUCCUGCAGGGACGUCAUGGCUGACAGUCACUGGCUGGUGAACGCGUUUGUAUUGUUUGGAGUGCCCUACAUGGUCUUUGACAUCUAUGCCAUGUAUCUGAGCCACUACCAUACUCAGAAGCUCAAAGGUCAUUCCAGCUCAUACAGCGGCCACUCUCUUCAGACAGUGAAGGCUUUUCUCAUCAAGGACUCCAUGUUGGUUCUUCAUCAUAUGGCCUUGCUUCUCAUUUUCAUGCCCAUCACUCUGUUCUUCAGAAGAGGACUGGGGGACUUCUUCAUCGGCUGCCUGUUCAUCACAGAGUUCAGCACUCCUUUUGUCUCCAUUGGAAAGAUUCUCAUCCAGCUGGGUCUCGACAACACCAGACUCCACAGGAUCAACGGCAUCAUUGUCUUGCUCAGCUUCUUCACAUGUCGGAUCCUGCUCUUCCCCUUCAUGUAUUGGAUGUAUGGCCGGCAAUUUGGGAUUCCUCUGCACAGAGUGGUCUUUCACCUGCCACUGCAAUGCAACGUGGGUAACCUAGUGCUCCUGGCUCCACAGAUCUACUGGUUUAUACUUCUGUUGAGGAAAGCCAACAGACUGUACCUGAGGCAGAGGAAGGGGCCGGCCCGCAAAGACUGAAGACUCCAUGAUUUUCAAAAAAAAAAAACAACACAAAACCCUCAGAUUAUUGCUACAGUUAAUGAAAAAAUAAGUUUAUUAUUUUCAUAAUAAACUUAAGUCAGAUUUAACAGGA